UUACUUUCGGAAUUGUAUUGUGUUUGGCUCUUGCCAUGUCAAGCGCCUUCAAAAUCAGACAAGGAAACAUUGCUGCUGAUAUUGGUGCUGGUGUUGCAGCUGCCAACCAAGCCAUCACUGACAGUGAAGAAUUCUUCAACGAUGCUGUCCACGGUGCUCAAGCUACCAUGGAGAACUUUGCUGGACAGGCCGUGAAUGGUGCAGGAGCCCUCGCUGGUAUGAUGGCUGGUGGAGCCCCCGCUGGUGGAGCUCCAGCUGAUGGAGCCAGACUUCAGCAGACUGCUGCUGAUGCUGCCAACGUUGCCACUGCUGAUGCUAGUACUCUCGCCACUGAUGCUACCACCGUUGCCACUGAUGCUGCCAACGUAGCUGCCGAUAUCGGAUCUCAGUGGGUCAACACCGCUACCAACUUCCUCGAAGGACUCGCUGGUACCAACGGUGGUGCAAGACUCCAGCAAGGAAACCUCGCUGCUGACAUCAACACUUUGGGUCAAGACUCUCUCGUUGCUCUUCAUGAUACUAAUCAAGCUGUUGAUGAUGCUCUCGACCAGAGUGAAAUGAUUGCUAACAACGUUAUUGAAACCACAGAGCGAUCUUUCGUAGCAAAUGGAAUCACCAUUGCUAACCCAGAUAGACUCCAACAGGACGCACAGACUGUGGCUGAAGAUGCUACAGAUAUUGCUGAUGAUUUAGCUGAAGCCACUAACGAUGGAAUUCAAGCUGCUAACGACAUUGCUCAACAAAGCCUCCAAGCCUGGACUGGAUUAUUCAACAGAGGAGCUGGAGCAGAACCAGCGGCACCAGCCGUCAGAAGACUUCAGAGAUUCCACUAAAAUGAAGGUUCUGAGUUGUGAUUUUUUAAGGAAAGCUUAAAAAUCACUGGAAAUAACAAAUUGAUAAGAA